AUGUUCAUCUAUGUUUAUCUAUCUAUCUAUCUAUCUAUAUCUAUCUAUUAUCUAUCUAUAACAGACAUUCAUUUUCAGUCAUCUAUCUAUCUAUCUAUCUAUCUAUCUAUCUAUCUAUCUAUCUAUCUAUCUAUAACAGACAUUCAUUUGUCUCUCUCUCUCUCUCUCUCUCUCUAUAGUGAACGUAAUGUAUCCUCAGUCAGUCCAUGUUUUCUAUCUAUCUAUCUAUCUAUCUAUCUAUCUAUCUAUCUAUCUAUCAGACAUUCAUUUUCUCUCUCUCUCUCUCUCUCUCUCUGCCGAGUGAACGUAAUGUCUCCUCCUCAGUCCAUGUUUAUCUAUCUAUCUAUCUAUAUCUAUCUAUCUAUCUAUCUAUCUCAGACAUUCAUUUGUCUCUCUCCUCUCUCUCUCUCUCUGCCUAGUGAAACAAUGUAUCCUCUCAGUCCAUGUUUAUCAUCUAUCUAUCUAUCUAUCUAUCUAUCUAUCUCUAUCUAUCAUUCAUUUCUAUCUCUCUCAGACAUUCAUUUGUCUCUAUUAUCUCAGUCUCUUUCUCUCUCUCUCUAUCUAUCUAUCUAUCAUCUAUCUAUCUCAGUCAGUUCAUGUUUCUCUCUCUCUCUCUAUCUAUCUAUCUAUCUAUCUAUCUAUCUAUCUAUCUACAUAUUCAUUUACAUUUCUCUGUCUCUCUCUCUCUCUCUCUCAUAUUCAUUUUUAUCUCUAUCUAUCUAUAUUUCUAUCUAUCUAUCUAUCUAUCUAUCUAUCUAUAACAGACAUUCAUUUUCAGUCAUAUCCAUAUUUAUCUAUCUAUCUAUCUAUCUAUCUAUCUAUCUAUCUAUCUAUCAGACAUUCAUUUGUCUCUCUCCUCUCUCUCUCUCUCUCUCUGCCUCUAACAUAAUAUAUCCUCAGUCUUUUCUGUUCUCUAUCUAUCUAUCUAUCUAUCUCUCUAUCUAUCUAUCUAUAACAGACAUUCAUUUUUCUCUCUCUCUCUCUCUCUCUCUCUCUCUGUAUGAUCUCAGUCCAUUUUUAUCUAUCUAUCUAUCUAUCUAUCUAUCUAUCUAUCUAUCUAUAACAGACAUUCAUUUUCCAUGUUUAUCUAUCUAUCUAUCUAUCUAUCUAUCUAUCUAUAACAUCUCUAUCUAUCUAUCUCUCUCUCUCUCAUUCAUUUGUCUCUCUCUCUCUCUCUCUCUCUCUUUAGUAACAUCUAUCUAUCCUCAGUCUAUCUGUCUAUCUAUCUAUCUAUCUAUCUAUCUAUCUAUCUAUCUAUCUAUCUAUCUAUCUCUCACAGACAUUCAUUUGUCUCUCUCUCUCUCUCUCUCUCUCUCUCAUUUUCUCUCUCUCUCUCUCUCUCUCAGUCAGUUGUCAUAUUUUUUGUCUAUCUAUCUAUCUAUCUAUCUAUAUCUAUCUAUCUAUCUAUCUAUCUAUAACAUUCAUUCAUUUGUCUCUCUCUCUCUCUCUCUCUGCUCUCUAAGUGAACGUAAUGUAUCCUCAGUCAGUCCAUGUUUAUCUAUCUAUCUAUCUAUCUAUCUAUCUAUCUAUCUAUCUAUCUAUCAGACAUUCAUUCUUUCUCUCUCUCUCUCUCUCUCUCUGCCUAGUGAACGUAAUGUAUCUCCUCAGUCAGUCCAUCUCUCUAUCUAUCUAUCUAUCUAUCUAUCUAUCUAUCUAUCUAUAACAGACAUUCAUUUUCUCUCUCUCUCUCUCUCUCUCUCUGCCUUGUGUAAUGUAUAUCUCAGUCAGUCCAUGUUUAUCUAUCUAUCUAUCUAUCUAUCUAUCUAUCUAUCUAUCUAUAUAACAGACAUUCAUUUGUCUCUCUCUCUCUCUCUCUCUCUCUCUAGUGAAUUAAUCCUAUCUCAGUCAGUCCAUCUAUUUAUCUAUCUAUCUAUCUAUCUAUCUAUCUAUCUAUCUAUCUAUCUAUAA